CCCGCGAGGUAAACAGAGAUCAGCUGACUGGCGGCGGUGGGCGGUGAAGAGGCGGAUCACCACUCACUAAUCACCACUUCACAUGGAACACCACAACCAUGGCUCCUGUCACUCUCCCCGAGGACCUGCAGGCCAAUCUAUCUCUGCUGGUGACGCAGGGGACGCCCGUGGUGAAGGAGUUUUGCCGUCUAGCCACACAGUACUUCCGGCAGGAGGUUAAGCCGAAGGUGUUCAGCUCAGCGGCCACUAAGCUCGGCGUCCAGCCCUCCCAGGUGGAGGAUGCAGUCCAGGCACUAGUGUUCCUGCUGAUCCGCUGUGCCCAGAUCAGCACCACCACCACUGAGCUGCACAGCCUCUCCACCUCCCUGGGCUUCACCGAGGAUGCUGCCCAGGUCCUCGUCGACGCCUACACCAGCAGUGAGGUGGAGGUCAAGGAGUACCUCAAGUCACAGGCUGUUAAGAUGCCACAGUACAAGAACCUAGAGUGGAGAUUUGACAUCCUGGUGGGGUCGCGCUCCCUCCGCCACAUAGCCGAGCCACUCCUCACACUGCAGCUGUCCCUAGAUGCUGGUUCCGAGAGCAAGGCGGGGAGGGAAGAGGAGACGUGUGACAAGCUCCUCCUGCAGACCGACCCUAACAACCUCCUGCACAUCACCUCAGUGCUAGAGGACGCCCUACAUGAGGCAAGGACACACCACUCCCGCCGUGUCCAGAGAUACCUCAAGUAACGCCGUAGGAUUCUCUCUCUCUCUCUCUCUCUCUCUCUGAGCUUCAAAUGUUUCUGGUGCAUAAUGAUGAGUAUUUAGGUUUGUGUGUGUGUGUGUGUGUGUGUGUGUGUGUGUGUGUGUGUGUGUGUGUGUGUGUGUGUGUGUGUGUGUGUGUUUCUCCUCUUCAACAUUUAUCACACUGUUCCUCUGUUUUUGUGUGUUUGUGUGCAUUAACCAGCAUGAUAAUUGAUCUUUUCCUGUUUAUAUUUCUUUGUACAACCAAUUACUACAAUCCCUCAGCCUGUGUGUAAGAAUAAAGGACAGUGUAUACAAAUUGAAAGCCUGUGUGUUUCUGAUUCUAUCUACAUUUCUAGAAUUACUGAGUUCUAGUAGCAGUAAAUUUCAACUCAAUAUAUCCUGUAGCUAAAUUUUCUACAUUCAACAUCACCUCAUUCGACCAUAUUUAUUCAUGUAAUUACUUUUUUUCUUUUUUUUGUUGUUUAAGACCAGUGCCCAUCUAACACACACACACACACACACACACACACACACACACACACACACACACACACACACACACACACACACACACACACACACACACACACACUUGAGCCUUCCCUUCACCACUGGCUGUAUCCUGGUGUGAGUCAGUGAAGCAGGUGACAGAUGUGAGUGAUUCUUAAGAGUGUCACCUGAUAACUUAUGAUUAUGUACACUAAGAUUACUCCCACCACAGUACACAAAGACUAGAGGACUGCCAUGCCUGUAUAUUGUAUGGUAUGGCAUCUAACCUAACCUAACCUACCAUAUCCUAACCAUUUCAAAUUAAAUUCCACCUCAACAAAGCCACUUCAUCUAUCCUAACCUAACCUAACUUAAUACUUUCAAUAUGCAUUUCAUUCUAAGCCAGCCACUUCACCCUAACCUAACCUAACCAUUCCAAUAAGCUAUAUAAACUACAUUCCACCUCAACAAAGCCUGUCUUGUCAUUCCUCAGCAUACACCUCAACCCAGAAGCUUCCCUCUUGUAAUGACUGGAGAGCUGUGCCAAAUGUAUGUGUGUAUGUAUGUUGGUAAGAGCAGGAAUUAUAUUAUUGGGGAGGCAGGGAGGGGUAAGGAGAAGUCAUGUGGGUUUGUUGUGGAGUGAUGUCAUGUUUUUAUAAGGUGGUGAAUGAAGUGCUUGCUAUGAUAAAGAUUGAUAAGCACUUUCGUCAAGGCUGUGUUACUCCCUUUAUCUAUUCUGACCUCACACCAUUUCUCUCUUGCCUUUCCCUUGCUACGUCUGUUCCCCCAUAAGCACUUUAGUCAAGGCUGUGUUACUCCCUUUAUUUACUCAGACCUCACACUCUCUCGCCACUCUCUUUCUACAUGUCUGUUCCCCCAUAGGCACUUACGUCAAGACUGCAUUACUCCCUCGAUCUAUUCAGACCUUACACCAGUUCUCUCCUGCCACUCCCUUGCUACAUAACUGUCCCCCAACACACAUAAUAGCUACUAUUGCAAAUAUGUAAUGUGAUUUUUUUUAUUUAUGGGGGAAAAAGAUGGGUUAAGAAUAAAUGGUUCUUACUUUUUA